UAUUUUUGUUCACUGGGACUGACUGACUGACUGUCACCAGCAGAAGCGAGAGAGAGAGAGAGUCGCAGAAAAGAAAAAGAAAAAGGAGGUGGUGGAGUGAGGCAGAAGCGAGCGAGAGAGAGAGAGAGAGGGGGGCUAAGAAGGCCCUUCCCGUCAUUUUUUCCCAGAAGGAAAGAGGAGAGAGGAGGACGAGCACUGACCUCCACCACUCUUUCCUUUCCUGGAGAUACCUGCUGGUCGUUCUGUACACGCAUACGAGGAGGAGAGAGAGGGAAUGGAGAGGAGCACCCCAGUGAGGAAGCCCCACACAUCGACGGCCGAUCUGCUCACCUGGUCCGAGACGCCAUUGCCGGAUCCGGCCGCCGGGAACGCCGGGACGCCUGCUUCUCGCUCUGCAGCUCGUCCCCAUCAGCCAUCUGGAGGGGUCGGGGCGGUGCUGUUCGGUGGGCAGGUGACUCCUGAAGAGGCGGAGAGCCUGUUGAAAACGAAACCAUGUUCAGAAUCAAAGCUGAAAGAGAUGACUGGCAGUGGAAUAUUUGUCGGUGAAGAAGAUCCAGAAUCAGGCAGCAACUUGUCAAAUCCUACCAACAAAACUGGUUUACGGCUUUACCAGCAAGCUAUUAAUUCGAUCAGCCAGAUCUCAUUUAGUGCUGAUGGGAGUGUAUCUCCAAAGAAGCCAACAACUUUGACUGAGGUGGCAAAACAGAAGGAGCUUAGUGGGUCUUUAGAGAAUGAGUCUGAUGCAAAGAUCAAGAAACAACUAUCUGAUGCUAAAUCCAGAGAGCUAAGUGGGCAUGAUAUUUUUGGUGGUCCUGCAGAAAUCCCUCCUAAAUCUUCUGCUGCACAUUCUUUAGACCCAAAAGAAAUAAAAGGUGUAGCUGAUUCUACUCCAAGACAUCUUCAAACUUCUAUCAAAAUAUCGAGCGUUGGAGCAGAUCAAUCUGUUACUGAAGAGAAUGUAGGGAAAACUGCAAAGAAGAUUUACAAUCAGAAAAUGGCAGAGUUGACAGGUAAUGACAUUUUCAAAGAGGAAGCAGUGCCAUCAUCUGCUGAGAAGUCACUGAGUGUGGCAAAGCUGAGGGAGAUGAGUGGUAGUGACAUAUUUGCUGAUGGAAAAGCAUCUUCACGAGAUUACCUUGGUGGAGUUCGCAAGCCUCCAGGUGGUGAAAGCAGCAUCGCUUUGGUUUGAUUCCUAACCAGAUCAGUUUUCUCCUUGUGCCUGCUCUUGGUGCAACUGGUCAGGCAUACAUUAACUGGUCAUAGAUACUCUACUUGUUGGUUUGGGGGAGAUCAUGUGGGAGUCUUGGUAGGGUGGCUGCCAACAAGGCUGGAAGCUAGGGCUUAAACAUCGUUCGGAAAUUGUUGUGUCCUGUUCUCGUGUGUCUCUAGUUAGAUACUGGUCGCAAUUUUAUGGGUCUCGUGUUUGUAAAAGAGUGGUACGUGUUCUGAUUGUUGUUGGACUGUUAUGGAUACUGUAUUAAUUUGAAAGGGUGAGAUUUUUCAUUUGAAAGAGAA